UAGAUAAACACUGAAAGCUGCGGUGGAGUUUGUUCCUGCUGCUGCCUUCUCUGUCGCCUCCUUUUAUUUAUCAUAUACAUUUAAAUGCGCUGAGGACGAACUAUAGGGCGGCAGAUACAGAUAUGAUAAGACCUGUCUAACCGAGUUAUCUGUUUCAGUUAAACCAGUGCGCUUUUAUAUGACAGUAAUGUUUGCUAGGCUAACAAAGCUAGCCUCGUCCUCAGGCGGAAAGCAGGAGAAGAGUUUGGAUUCAUCCUGAUGGCUUCAAGUUCUGCUACUGAGAAAGCCUGGCGGGAAGGUGACAGUUGUCUGGCUCCAAGUUCACGUGAUUGCCUCCUGAGAGAAGACACCAUACAGAGACUGACCUCCACUGCACAGACUAAUGAUACAGCAUGGGUGACAUUCAAAAAGGAUCUGGAAGAGGAGGAGCAGGAAGCCAUACCUGUCAAGAAACUUAUGAGACCUGGCUUAAAGCAGUUAAUGCAGGAGAAACCUGCAUUCCCUGGCAGCAACAACGACCCACUCCUCUGCAUCCCUUUAGAUUUGAGCGGUGAAGAUCGAGUCCCUUAUACCAUCAACAGAUACUUAAGGGAUUACCAGAGGGAGGGUAUCAGAUUCAUUUACAACCACUACGUCAGCUCCACUGGUUGUAUUCUAGGAGAUGACAUGGGCCUCGGAAAAACUGUGCAGAUUAUAGGUUUUCUUGCUGCUGUGUUGCACAAAACUGGAACAUGGGAGGACGUCGAGAACAACAGGCCUCAGUUUUUGCUAACUCAAAUACCCUCCAAUCAAAGUAAUCCCAGUAAAGUGUUUCUGAUUGUGGCCCCACUGUCAGUGCUUUACAACUGGAAGGAUGAACUGGACACAUGGGGUUACUUCCAGUGCGUGGUGGUCCAUGGGCUGAGGAAGGAGGAGGAGCUUGCUCGGAUAAAGAAUGGUCGCAUCGAGAUCGCUCUCACCACUUAUGAGACACUUCGGCUCUGUCUGGAUCAGUUUAAUAAAAUCGACUGGUCAGCAGUGGUUGUGGACGAGGCCCACAAGAUAAAAAACCCAAACUCCCAGAUCACCCAGGUCAUGAAGGAGUUGAGAUGUAAGAACAGAAUCGGUCUCACUGGGACCAUCUUGCAGAACAACCUAGAAGAGCUGUGGUGUGUCAUGGAUUGGGCUAUACCAGGAUGUUUUGGCAGCUUGGGGCAUUUCAGGAACAAGUUCUCAGAUCCCAUUGAACAGGGGCAGAGGCACAGUGCAACCAAACGUGCCCUGGCUACAGGGAGGAAGACUGUCAGAGCCCUGGUGAGGAAGAUUUCUCCUUUUUUCCUCAGGCGAACUAAAGCACUAAUCAAAGAGCAACUGCCACAGAAGGAUGACAGGGUAGUGUACUGCUCUCUGACAGACCUUCAACAGACUGUGUAUCAGGCAGUGCUGGAUGCUGAGGAUGUGACAUUACUGCUGAGAUCUUCAGAGAAAUGUGAUUGCCUUAGUGGGCAUACCCGAAGUAGAUGCUGCUAUAAAAAAAACUCUGAGGGUGUUUCUGUAAAGGGGCUCUACUUUACCUACUUGGCCAUACUGAGGAAGGUUGCCAACCAUGCAGCACUGCUUCAGUCUACUCCAGGCACCAGCAAGAAACAGGAAAAGUAUGUGAGUUCCGUUUGUGCAAAGGUUUUCCAGAAGUUCCCAGACUUUGUGCAGAGAUGCAAAAAUGAAGCCUUUGAAGCUCUUUCAGACCCGAUGUACAGUGGAAAAAUGAAGGUUUUGCAGAAGCUUCUGAAGUACUAUCUGCAAAAGAGAGACAAAGUACUUAUCUUUUCUCUGUCAACCAAGCUCUUAGAUAUCCUGGAGAGUUACUGCAUGGCAGAGGGGCUGGAUUUUAGCCGGUUGGACGGAACCACCAAAUCCAGAGAAAGAGUCCAAAUUGUGAAAGACUUCAACAGCUCUUCUCACGUCAAUCUGUGCCUGGUUUCUACCAUGGCGGGUGGUCUCGGUCUUAACUUUGUAGGUGCUAAUGUUGUUGUGCUGUUUGAUCCCACCUGGAACCCAGCCAGUGAUCUUCAGGCUAUUGACAGGGCGUAUCGUAUCGGCCAGUGCAGGGACGUUACUGUUCUCAGGCUGAUAUCACUUGGGACUGUAGAGGAGGUUAUCUACCUCAGACAAGUAUACAAACAGCAGCUGCAGUGUUCAGUGGUUGGUAAAGAGAGCGCCCGGCGGUACUUUGAGGCAGUGCAGGGAAACAGCUUCUAUAAAGGGGAACUGUUUGGGAUCAAAAAUCUCUUCAGGCUGCAGACAGAAGGAACUUGUCUUACCCACAGGAUUUUAGAGCGAGAGGGCCAAGUGGAGGCUGGGGUUAUAACAACAAAAACACACAAAGAAGGAGAGAAGGAGAACAAGACGAGCAGAAAUGAUGAACAUGGAGAUUUAUAUACAGAUGGCACACUAUCAAACGUUGAAGCACCUGAAGACAACAUUUGUGUCUCAAAAAUCCCAGGAGGCAUGCUAGAUUUCAGCAGUGGGAGUGAAACUGAUGAGGAGCUGCGGGAGCUAAAGGGAAAGGCUUCAAAUUCGAGUACAGGCCAUGGCAACAGGAGUGGGAAAGCUGCUACUGGCCCCGUUCAGAUGAGUCUCCUCCAACAUGGCUUCUCAAGACUCCUUGAAACAGUCAGGGAAAGACAACUAUUAAGGGAAGGAGGCUGUAGUUCCUCUGCUGAAGGUAGUCCCUUUGAGGAGGAUGCUGGAGAUCAAGAGAUAGAGGAUACCUCCAGAGGCAUCUGCACAACUUCCUGUAAAGAAAAUGGUGCUGCUUGCCUCCCAGAAUGGGAAGCAGAAGCCCAGCACAAAUCCAUCGGCUCAGACAGAAAAGACAGAGAUGAUGGAAACAACAUUUUAUCUUUAAAAGAGGGCGGUUAUGCCAUAAGACGGAGACAGGGCCUGAAACAAUGGAUUAAUAAACAAACUGCAGUGGAUGACGACAGCGAUAGAAGUUCCUCACCGGAAAACAAAAAACCUAAUAAGGUCAAAACUACAGUUCCAAAAGGGCACCUCUUUGAAGGAUGCUCAGAUGAAUCUGAUGAUUUAGAUCUAGAGGUAAGGACAUGUUCCAAAAGGAAAGUUUUAAAUUUUUAUAGGAAAGAUGGAGACGGAGGCAGGGGAAAGCUUGGCAACAGCAGACGAAGGCAAAGGGACAAGCCAAGACACAUAGAUGAGAUAGAAGCUUUCACAUCUUCAGAGGACGAGCAUGCAGCUUCUGCAACCGAUGCAACAGGAAGACGAGGAGGAAGAUCUGCAUUUACAAGUGUGAGAAGUCCAACAACUCCAGCAUCUGAGGAAAAGAAGCAAACCAUCGACAGUGUGCUAGGGGGUGUGCAGGAGGUGGUGUAUUUGCACUCCAACCAACGGGUGGUGGGUGGAAGCAAAGCAGAGGAGCUAAUCAGCAGAGCUGCUGUGCGGGACGUGUUUGAGCGCAAAUUGUACUCACAGCUUCCAGCCAAUGACCUGCUAGGUACGCAGGAGAGCCUCCCAGCCAGCCAGCCUCAAUUUGUUACUGUCCAGCUGCAGAGGCCCAUCGUGAAUCAUCCCGCGAUCUUCUCGAAUAAGAGCAUCCACCACACCGGAUCUACUACAGUCAUUAUUGGAGAUACUCCCAAAGCUAUAUGCAGGCAGCAGCUGGAGGAAAUGGCCCUCCAUUUCAAAUUUGUUUCAAUACAUCAGUUUGCCAUUGAGAUCCUGAAAGGAAACUCAUCUCAGAGACUUGAUUGGCUUCGUCAGUACUACACAUCACUGAACCACUCUGAUGUGGCCGAGACAGUCAGAGAAAACUUCCCUGACACAAUCACACAGCCCUCCUGUCGUACAACUGCUACCUCCUUAUCAUCUCCAAAAGGUGCUGAAAAAACCCCAAAAAAGAAUUGUUCCAGAGCCAGAAAAUCAAGAAAAUACAACCAGACCAGAAGGACUGACCCUGAAUCCCACCGAAAAAAUGUUUCAUCACCACAGAUUGGAUCUGGCAUCCUAAAAAAUUAUAUUAUUGAACCAAAAAAGCCAAACAUAUCUGAGAAGAGACUUCCAGAUUGUCUACAGGAUGUUCAACGUUUUUUGUCAGAGGAGCACAAGGAGAUGGUCUGCAGUGCCAGCAGACAUACAAGGACACAGAAGAGCAGUGUUUCUACUUCUGGAGCCUGCAGAGCCGGUGGUGGUCUUGCUGUGGAUCGGGCCAGCAACCUUGGUCUGAGAUCCGGGGAGGCUGCUGUUGCUUUCCUGAACCACACAGACAGAGACGCCCCUUCUUCCUCUGACCUCAGGCAUUGCAGCUCCGCCACGUUAUCCAAACCCACAGCUCAGGACAAGGAACAAGUGCAGAAAUCCUCACUGACGACGAGUGAAACAUUGCAAGAACGUUCUGAGCCUCCUUCUACCUCGUGCAAUAGCUCCCUCAAAGAUCUUUUAGGAGACAUAUCAAUUCUUGAUGAUUUGCUAAAACCUAAAGGCAAAAAUGUGCAACGAAAGAGGACCUCAGAAACACCUCUCAUGUCCUCAGUGUCGCUAAACCCAACCCUCAUCACAUCCUCUUCACCCAAACUUACAUUAGGUGCUGAGUCAAGCUCGAAAACACAAACUACUGCGCUGGUGCGGGGAUCAAAGAGCGCUUGCAAAGACAUCUGGGACAUUCUCAGUGAGGGCAAUGAGGAGAGCAUCAACAGGUUAACAGACCCAGAGGAGGUGCAGAAAGUUUGCAUCAACACUGGCUUUGCAGCUAGAGGUUUUUCUGGACAAAAAGAAAGCAGAAAUCUCUGGAAAACAAAUGACAGAUUUCUGUGGAAGAAAUGAUGCGAUAAAGCCUAUUAGACGAUUUUUUUCAUUUUUAUAAUUUUCAGAAGUGUCAACUGGCAGUGUUGAUUGUUGCCCAAAUAAACAAUUUGCCAACGA